ACCCCAUGGCCCAGCACCCCCCCCUAGAAAUAAAAAAAAAGUCUGCAGAAUUUCCUGCAUUUUCUUCUUCUCUCUUUCAAAGAACAUUUCUCACAUCUUGCUUUGUGAUUUGUUUUAUGUUACUUCUCGAUAAGCCAAACAAAUCCCCUCGCGGCCAUGGAAAGUAAUAGUGGUAUAUCUGGUUCUAGUCCCAAAGGUAAUGGUGCAAACAGUUCAAAAAUGACUUCUACUACCGCCGAAGGUUUGACUUCCUUGGCGUCAGCUGGGAAAGAUUCAAAUUGCUCUAGAAGUUCUACCAGGGAAAUGUGCAAAAACAUACUGACUUCACCAAGCCCUUCAAGCGGUGGAAACAAAAAGCAAUUUCAGAAGCCAAUGUUCAAAACUAAGAGGACGCCGAAGUGGUUUGAGAAGAGAAGAAUGACAAGAUCUAUGAAAAGGUUGGACAAAAUUGAUCGGUACUUCUCAUGUUUUUCUGUCUCAAAGAUGUGUGAACAAGUUUCAGGUUCACUUCGCUAUGAGAAAGUUAAGUUGGUGAAUCCUCAGGAACUAGUUAAACCGCAUGACAAUGUAAAGCGGGUUGCAGACCAUGAACUGAAUCCUUCUAAUAGGAUGAGAUGUGAUUCUCGCAGCUAUAGAGAAUGGCUGAGAUUGCGAGCUAGCAAAUAUAAAGUGUCAGGAUCCUAUGGAAGCCUGAGUGUCACUACUGCUGAUGCUUGCGAGGAAGUAAAGGAGGAAGUUAUGGAGAGUCGCCUUUUAUGUUCUAAAAUGCAGAGGGUGGAUUUUGAUUCAACACAACAAUGUUAUUCUUGCAAUGCAGAACCAGGGAACGCAUUGCAUAGUGUCUUUCCUGUUCAGGAUGGAAAGGAAUUGAUUUCUGAGCUCAAUAUGGAUCAGACUGAAGAAUAUUCCAGUGAUGUGUUGGACAAGGAAUCUCAGUUAGAAAUUAAAACUGGUGGCGGACAUAAUGCAUGUGUCACCUGCAUGCUUGGUGGAAAGCUUUUGUCCUGUGUUGGAAAAGGGUGCAAAAGGGAUUUUCAUCUUUCCUGUCUUGUCCCUGCUCUAAGUAAUUAUCCACCUGGAGUUUGGCACUGUAUUUGGUGUGUAAAAAAGAAGAAAGAACUUGGUGUGCAUUCUGUCUCUGAAGUAGAGUCCAUUUGGGAUGCUAGAGAGGCAGUUUCUGAUAAUAAAACAAUGCCGUGGGAGAAGCAAUACUUUGUAAAGUACCGAGGUCUUGCUCAUGUUCACAAUCGCUGGAUUCCUGAAAAAAAGCUGCUUUUGGAGGCUCCAAGACUUGUUACAAAAUAUAAUAGCAAAAAUCAGGUGAUUAGGUGGAAAACAGAGUGGACUGUUCCACAUCGUUUGCUACAGAAGAGAAAGUUAUUGUUUCCUACAAAUUCUGAUGAGAAUGAUUUAGAUUGCACUUAUGAGUGGCUCGUGAAAUGGACUGGCCUUGGUUAUGAGCAUGCUACAUGGGAAUUGGAGAAUUCUUCAUUUUUGACAUCACCUGAAGCUAUGAAGCUCAUGAGAGAUUUUGAAAUUCGGCACCUAAAGUCAGAAACAUUGUCUUCCCAUUCUGAAGAAGAGAAGAAGGAAAAAUGCAGCGUUUCUGAAUUGUCACAGUUGUCAUUUGGAGGUUCACCUGGAGAAUAUGACCGUUAUCUAAGUUAUGUUAAUAAGCUUCUUGCACAUUGGAACAAAUGUCAGAAUGCUGUUGUCUAUGAUGACCAGGUGGAUCAGGAGCGAGUUAUAAAGGUGAUAUUGUUUGUUUUAUCUCUGCAAUUUACUGCACGGAAGCCUAUUCUAAUAAUCUCAAAGUCGACUGCUCUUUCUGUAUGGGAAUCUGAGUUCUUACGUGUGGCAUCAUCUGCCAAUAUCAUAGUUUAUAAAGGGAGCAAAGAUGUCCGGAGUAGUAUUAGAUCAUUGGAAUUCUACAAUGAAAGUAGUUCCAUAAUGUUUGAGAUACUUCUAUCCUCUUCUGAUGUUGUUGCUGAGGACUUAGAUAUGUUAAAAGCUGUAGAAUGGGGAGCUGUUGUAAUUGAUGAGUGCCAAAGCUCUAGAAUGUCUAGAUAUUUUGAACAAAUCAAGAGGCUAAUAGCUGAUAUGAGGCUUCUUCUUGUUAGUGGUCAAAUCAAGGAUUGCUCUGCUGACUAUCAGAAUUUGCUGUCCCUCCUUGAUUCUGGAUAUGAGCUAAGCAGUGACCAUUUGAAGAUUGACUCUAAUACUAAUGUUUACGAACUAAAGGAAACAUUUGCUAGUUAUGUUGCAUUUGAGUGCAAGUCAGGGUCUUCUAGGUUUGUUGAGUAUUGGGUUCCAGUCCAGCUUUCUUAUCUGCAACUUGAGCAGUACUGUGCUACAUUGCUUUCGAACUCAAUGUUUCUUUCUUCAUCUUUGAAGAGUGAUCCAGCUGAUGCUCUUCGUGAGGUUAUUAUUUCAACCAGGAAGUGUUGUGAUCACCCAUAUCUUCUUGAUCAAUCUUUGCAAAGUGUUGUCACAAAAGGUCUUUCUGCAGAAGAGAAUUUGGCAGUUGGAAUAAAAGUGAGUGGAAAACUGCAACUUCUUGAUAAAAUCCUUGUGGAGACUAAAGCCAGGGGCCUACGAGUAUUAAUCCUUUUUCAGUCAAUUGGUGGCUCUGGACGAGACUCAAUAGGAAAUAUUCUGGAUGACUUUAUCUGUCAGAGAUUUGGUAAGUAUUCUUAUGUGCGCAUUGAUGGUAGAGGAUAUGCCAAUUCAGAGAAAAAAGCGGUUGUAAAUAUGUUUAAUGAUAAAGAAAGUGGCAGACUUUUUCUUUUGCUUGAAGAUCGCGCUUGUCUCCCAAGCAUUAAACUUUCAGCAGUCGACAUUGUCAUUCUGUUUGACAGUGAUUGGGAGCCACUGAAUGACAUAAAGGCCCUGCAUAGGAUCUCUAUUGGUUCACAGUUUGAGCAGCUCAAAGUAUUUCGUUUGUAUUCAUCUUUUACUGUUGAAGAAAAAAUUCUAAUUCUUGCUAAGGAAGGUAGAAGAGUAGAUAGCAAUAUAAGAACUUUAAACAGGAACAGCUGCCUUAGAUUGCUAAGUUGGGGUGCUUCUUAUCUAUUCAAUAAGCUUGAUGAAUUUCAUGGCUGUAGUAAGUUGUUCUCAGUUUCAAAUGUUUAUUGUGAACAGUCAUUUCUGAAUGCUGUAUUAUUAGAGUUGCUAAGGCAAUUACCUUGCAGAGGUGAGAGCAAUCAUUCUGCCAAAUGUUCAUUUAUUACAAAAGUACCCCAGAACAUUGUCUAUGAUGGAAGCAUUUCUUUAUUCGGUGAAAAAGAAAUAGGAUCGAUGAACCAUGAACCAUCAACAUUUUCUUGGCAAAAACUGCUCGAAGGAAGGCAACCGCAGUGGAAAUUGUUAUCUGAGUCCUCUCCAAGAAGAAAGAAGUUUCAAUAUCUUGAUAAUCCACCAAGAAAAUCCGAAUUUGGAGAUGGUGGUGAUAUAAAGAAAAGCCAGAUAGUGGUCAACAGCACAGAUGAUCCUACAUAUCCAAACUGGAAGUUAAAAGGCAAAAGGAAAAUAACUGUUGCAAACAAGAAAAGAAAGCUGGCUGCAGCAUCUAAGGACAUAGGUGAGACAAAUUUUCAUUGCUCAACAGAUGGUAAGAAAGAUGUUAAUCAGAACAAUCAAUUGUUGCUGAAGCUGGGGAUCUCAAAACUUUGUGAAACUCUGCUACUUCCGGAGAAUGUCAGGGGCACUGCAGUGGCAUUUCUUGAGUACAUAAUGCGAGAUUAUGAUGUUAGCUGGGAAUCUGUUUCUACAUCACAAGCAUACCAGAUAUCUCUGUGUUGGACAGCUGCUGAUUUAUUGGAACAUAAGAUUAAUCAGAACAAAUCACUUGCACUUGCAAAACUACGCUUAAAUUUGGACUGCAGGGAGGAAGAGGUAGAUUAUAUUUACUCCAAAUUGCAGAGUGUUGCGAAAAAGUUUGCUCAAUGUUCCGAGAAUGUAAAGGGUUACAAGAAGUCAAAUUGUUCAAAGAGAGUUUGUGUCAACCCCCAACAUCCUGUUCCUAAAACUAUACCAUCUAUUCCUAGCUGUGGUCAAAGUGGAACUUUACAGAGUGCAUCAUCUAACGGUCCUGAUGAAUCUCUUACUGAGAAGACAGUAUCCAGUUUACCUAUGAGAUUGGUAGCUGAUCACUUUAAAUCUGAUCCAGAGCAUGGUGGAACAGAAGUAAUUGUCUUGGAAGGAGUGAGAGCCAAUAAUAGCAAGCAGCAUUUUAAGGUUGGUAGUCCCUGUGAUCAACCAAAAGAUCAUGCCCUUAUAUUAGAUUCUCGACACCACCAAAGUCCUGUUAGACUGCCGACCACUGAUUUUAUUGCAGAGCCUUCUGAAGUUCCCCAAGCCCAAUGUAAUGAAAUAGUUACAGGCAAUGACCUUGUGACUACAACCAAUGCUACCCAGCCCAAUGAAGAUAGUGAUGAAACAGAUGCAGUGACCUUAGAAAGAGCAACUGUUUUUGGUAGUCCCAGUGAUCAACCAAAAGAUCAUGCCCUUAUAUCAGAUUCUCGACACCACCGAAGUCCUGUUAGACUGCCGGCUACUGAUUUUGUAACAGAGCCUUCUGAAGUUCCCCAAGCCCAAUGUAAUGCAAUGGUUACAGGCAAUGACCUUGUGAAAACUACCAAUGCUACCCAGCCCGAUGAAGAAAGUGACGAAACAGAUGCAGUGUCCUUAGAAAGAGCAACUCUUUCAAGGAUCAGUCAGCACGAUAGUGCAGUUACUCAUCUCACUGGAGACUUGAAUGCUUUGGAGUUUACUGGGACUGGCCAAUCCUUGGUGGAGGCAGAUAUUAACACUGUUGAAUCAUAUUCAUUGCUAUGCCAAGAGACAGCUGUCUCCUUACCACUUCAUAUAAGGUCAUCUUCCUCUGAGAGCAGUAUAUCUACUAUACCUGCAUCUGGGAUGCAACAUCUUCUCAGCAGCAAUCAGCAUGCUUUGUGUCAAGAGGCUCCAGUUCCAAGACAACCAUUAUUAGAGGUCCCACUGGAUGAAUCAUCUGGUCCUCCUGUUAUGCAUUCAGUUACACUUGUGCCGCAACAGCCAUCUGCAAGUACACCUGUGGGUGAAAGUCAAAUGUGCAUUGAGAACCAAAGGAGCACAACUACUCUCUUAAGAUCUCCAAACGAUUAUCCUUGUCAAGUCAACAUUGUGAGACCUGUGAGUGUGACACCUCAGCCUGCUUGCUCAAAGCCACUUCGCAUUGAGCUGGAGAGAAUACAAAAGUUUAGGGAGCAAACUUUGAAGCUACAUGAAGAUACGAUAUUACGGCUGAAGUCUGAGUGUGAUAAAGAGAUAGAAGAAAUAUGUAAAAAGUAUGACAUGCUCCUUCAAGAUGCUGAGGUAGCAUUCAUGCAAAAGGGACAGGAUCUUGAGAGUUAUUGCAGCAAAGUUUACUUAAAUAACAUAUUGGCAGAAACACUGACAUUUAAUUUGGAAAAAAAUUCAGCUGGAUCACCAGCAAUUGACAGUUUCAUUAAUCAGUUGAUUCAGCAACCUUCUCUGAUGCUUGAUCCACAAAUUCCAUCAUCGACAGGCCUAGGUGCAGCAGCACCUGCACAGAUGUCUAACCAUACACCAACUGGUGUUGUUGCACCACAUUCCAGUCCUGCAAUCCGUGUUAGAGGAAGCUGCUGGGUUGGCAAUGCACGAGCACCAGCUCCACACCUUCGAGCCUUAAAUCCACCACCCAUGUCGACACCUCAUAUAUCAGCCUUGCGUGGAAAGAUGCCCAAUCAGCAAUUGGUAAGUAAUCCACAGACAAUUUCACCAUACCUACCUCGUGGAACACCUAGGCUGCCCAGAGAAUCAUCUGGUAUUCAUUUUCCGGUUUUCAAUAGUUAUGUUUCAGCGCUAGAAGUUCCUCUGGAUAUUGGCAAUCAUGCUGGUCCUAACCCACAACAUCAGUUAAGACCUUGGCAUAACUGGGGAUUGACUUCUCACAUACCCAGUCUAACAGACCGAGUGGCCACUGGUUCUCCCGUUGUCCCAGCUGCUUUUGAUGCAGAACCCAUUUGUUUAUCAGAUGAUGAUUGAUCAGCAUGGGGAAUACUUUUUCAAAAUCUUGACAUGGUCAUGACCAAAUUUCAUGUAUAAAUGUAUAGGUCUCAGACAGAUUCUAGACACGAUGAAUUGCUAAACCAUUUUGGAUUCUCGAUAGUAUUCCAAAUUCGUCUUGGAAAAACCGAAGCCUGCAGUGAAACUUAACUACAUCGUUAUCUAUUGACAUCCAUUGGUCUUUUGA